AUGGCCGCCGUCCAAUCCAUGUUAGCGGAAUCGCUUCCCGCACCAACACCCACAAUUGCCUUGAAUGGCUCUACCGAUCCUACCGCCAUGCAAAUCGACGAAGCGAGCUCGAGCCCAUCGAUGAUUAGUGACAGCAACCUUGGAAGCACACCAGCAAGAGGAGACAGCAGGAUUGUGGUGAUUGUGUUUGGACCUGGACAGGAAAACAUCGUAUCGGUCUUUGCAGAGGUUCUUGGAACACAAUGUCGGAUACGGAAUGCGUUCGAGAAGGUCUCGGCUGACGAUUCUGGUUUCGUCGUGGGAGUCGCAGCAGGCGAGGCAACAGGAGAUAUUGCUGCAAGAAAUCAAGAUCUCGUCGUUGCCAUAAAUACUCACUGUGUGAAUCUAGGGAUGCCCCCCGACAUCCACCUCUCUACCAAUUGCGACUACGAAUUCCUCUAUACCGAUUCGCCCCAUCUGCGUCGCGACCUAGCCAGGUUCAUCUCUUUUACCCUUGGCCAAAUCAACUAUCAUGAAGCUCUCAUGGCAAAGCACAGAACAUAUUUCAUCUCCACCACAUUCCCAGACGUCCGCGCUGCUCUGCCUAAUAUCGAUAUCUUGACAGUGGGCGCAGACGCGGUCGAGAUCCGGGUUGACUUGCUGAGAGAACCACUCAGCGAUGGAAGUUACUCGGAAAUCCCCAGCCUAAGCUAUGUCGGUGAACAGCUUAUGCUACUUCGCCAGCGAACCGAACUCCCUAUUAUUUUCACAACCCGAUGUAUCAAAGAGAACGGAAGGUUUCCCAUGGACAAACCCGAAUUGUACUACGAGUACCUCUACCGCGCUAUUCAGUGGGGUGUGGAAUACAUUGACGUAGAACUGUGGCUCCCCGAAGAGAUACGAAAGAAGCUUUAUGAGCAGCGAGGCAACUCUCGCAUUAUGUCGGCAUUCCACGACUUUUCAGGAUCAUUUCGAUGGCCAUCGGCGUACGCCCAGGAAGUGUUUGAGAGGUCUUUACCCUACGCCGAUAUUAUCAAGAUGAUUGCUAUCAUCAACGAACACAAUGAAAACUUCGAACUUGAGUAUUUCCGCUCCAAAAUGCGCGCCGAACACCCCAACGCACCACCCUUCUCCGCCGUAAAUAUGGGCGAGGUUGGCCAAUUCUCGAGAACCCUCAACCCCGUCUUCACGCCCAUCACUCAUCCACUUCUUCCUCUCAUAGCUGCUCCUGGCCAGCUAAGCGCGGCUGAGAUCAACGCAGCUUUAUCUCUUCUAGGACAGCUCCCGAGAAAGCGUAUAUAUGGCAUCACCAGUACAUCUUCCCGAAGCGCCACGCCGCAAGCCCCUUUCUACGAGAAGUGCAUCAACGAACUGGGUCUCCCCCACCAAUUCGCGGUCGUCGAACGGCACCCAAACAACCCAAGAAGUAUAGAAGCGUGGUGCAACCAGAAACACUUCGGAGGUGCCUAUCUUAACCCAGGCUUACCACAUCAAACUUUAACCAAGACCAGCUCCUUUUUCGCUGGUCUGAACGGGGGCAACGGCCCAAUUUUGACAGAAGCUGCUCGUGUAACUGGAGUUGUAGAUACCAUCGUGGUCCAGUCUGGAACGCCGUCUAGAUCAUCUUCACCAGGUUCAAUCCCAUCAAGUCCGCGCCACCGACAGAACGACUCGGUCGAUUUCAGCAGCCAGUCUGGCCUUGGAUUAACCACUUCUCUUGUAUUCGACAAUGCUGGAUGGAAAGGGAUCCUCAGUACACUUACCCGUGAUCUAGCUCCAUCCGCGUAUUUCGGUCGCUCGGCUGUCGUUAUGGCUUCGUCUUCGGAUGACGCAGCCCCCGUUUUCUUCGCGAUGAGAGCACUAAAGGUAUCCAAGAUCUAUACAGUCGGCUUUCGCACACCAACGACACUCGCUCGAAACGCACCUCCGAUCGAACCCUUUAUCAGUCUCGAGAGUCUGCAGCGUGCUCGAUCGGUGGGAGACGACAGUGCGCCUUUCGUCAUUGUGUCAGCGCUCGGUUCGGAGAAGAGCCAUCUGGUUGGCAUGUUGCUGCGAGCAUUUGGAAGCGUUGGGCCAAAGGGCACGACAAAUACGAAAAAGGUCUUUCUUGAUCUAGCUGAUGGAGCUGGAAGGAGGAGUUCUGAUCCAGGCCUAGUUGCCGAGAAGAACGGGUUUGCUGCUUAUGGCGCGGACGAUGUUGCCGCCUUCACAACGGUUGAAAGUCUACGGCUACUCGUCGGGCAAAAUGUGCCUUACAGCUUUCCAUUUACAACGACCAGUGUCAAGGCAUUGGACCCCUUCUCUACAACAGAGAUGAGUGGGAAACUCAAGUCUUGCCCAUAUGCCGUUAAUGUCAUCCAAGAUAGGAGCAUCUACGAGAACAGGCUAGAUACCCGGCACGCCCCCCAGUUUAAGGGGGACAACGAUGUCCAAGAAACCGCCAGAAUCAGCCGGGUAGGGAAACAGGGAACAUUUCCCGGCAAGCCCGCGGCAAACGUCCCUGGCGCCAAGCGCCGACUAUCAUCGAGACUGCUUUGA